GCUGGAGCUGCGGAUGACGGGGAGGGAAGACUGAAUUUGCCCCGGAAUAUCUAUGAGAUGACUUGUGUGUGAGGUCUGCAUUCUUGGUCCAGGCUAACCAGUUACCCAUCCCUGCUCAUUUUGACAACACCCAUUUACUUUUCUUUUUUUUUUUUUUUUUAACUCCAUUUUUUAAAUGAAAUACAUUGGCUAAGCUUGAUCAUUAUUUGCCUGCUUCAUCGCUCAGGUUCAUGUGUUAAUAUUCUGUCAAGCAGACACCUUGAAUUUUCACUUUUACCUCAUCAUAUCUAAGUGAUUAAUGGGGAGCGACUGUGUCUCUUUAGUUUUGAAAGCCGUUGAGGGCGAAGAGCAUUUUGGAGGGCUCUUCCCAGAGUGCAGGCGAGUGUCACCUUAUUAUUUGGACUAAAGACAGUCUUAGAGGUCACCACAAUGCCACCUGUUUCUGAACACCGAGAUGAUGGUGCUGCCACGAACAUUGUCCAUUCUGCUUUGGCGAGCCAGCACAACUUGGAUGUAGAUAACAGUCCUCUCAUGGUGAACCCAAAUUUUUUGGAGCCAGAUGAAACUGAGGCAGUGGUCAUAGGUUCCCGUGCAAAUACCAAAGGUGUGCAAGAAGAGGAUGCCUUAUUGGAGAAUGGUAGCCAGAGCACAGAGAGUGAAGAUCCAAAUAUUGAGCCUUCGUGUGAGGCUGUGGUGCCACUGAAAGAAACUUCUUUUUCCAUUGGCCUCCAAGUUCUGUUUCCUUUUUUAUUGGCGGGAUUUGGGAUGGUGGCUGCAGGGAUGGUUCUCGACAUAGUGCAGCACUGGGACGUCUUUACGAAUGUUACAGAAGUCUUCAUCUUGGUGCCUGCUCUGUUAGGCCUUAAAGGGAAUCUGGAAAUGACUCUGGCGUCUCGUCUCUCAACUGCGGCCAACAUUGGACAAAUGGAAACUGCCAAAGAAAAGUGGGCAAUGAUUGUUGGUAAUAUGGCACUGAUACAGGUACAAGCAACGGUUGUAGGUUUCCUGGCUUCUAUUGCAGCAGUUAUUUUUGGCUGGAUCCCAGAUGGCCAUUUCCUUAUAGAACAUGCUGUGCUGUUAUGUGCGAGCAGUGUCUCCACUGCCUUCAUUGCUUCUCUGGUCCUGGGUCUUAUUAUGAUUGGGGUAAUCCUUGGUGCUAAAAAACUUGGCAUUAAUCCUGACAAUGUGGCUACGCCUAUAGCUGCCAGCCUUGGAGACCUGGUUACUUUGGCAUUGCUUUCUGGUAUUAGUUGGGGCCUCUACAAAGAAAUGAAAAUCAAUGUGUUCGUCAACCUAAUUGUGUGCCUGCUGUUCAUAGCUCUGCUACCUGUGUGGUUUAUAAUUGCAAGGAGAAAUCCAGCAACAAGGCAGGUGCUAGCAACCGGAUGGGAACCUGUCAUCAUUGCUAUGGCCAUCAGCAGCAUUGGGGGAUUGAUUUUGGAUAAAACGGUGUCCGAUCCCAACUUUGCUGGAAUAGCUGUUUUCACUCCUGUCAUAAAUGGUGUUGGCGGGAACUUGGUUGCUGUGCAGGCCAGCCGUAUAUCCACAUAUCUUCACAUGAUGGGAUCACCAGGCGAUGACAUUGGUCUGGUCUCUAGUAAAUGUCCCAGUCCUUGUAGAACAUUCUUCACUUCUGAUGUGAACUCUCGUUCAGCCCGCGUGUUGUUCCUCCUAGUGGUGCCAGGCCAUUUGGUUUUCUUGUACACAAUCAACGCCAUGAAGGGUGGACACACAACCAUGACAAUAAUUUUCAUGGUCUUCUACAUGAUGGCAGCAUUACUUCAGCAGUUUCCUGCUUUGCAUGCCGUAUCUGGGAACUAG